UUAGUGAAAUGUCAAUAUGAGUUAAAGAAAUCUGGCAAUUGAAGUGAAAAACAACUGGAAAUACGCAAUUAAAUAAUUGUAGAUAUAUUUAUUAUCAUAAAAAUCGAAAAAUUAUAAUUGAAAGAGAGAAGAAAUGGAAUUUAUGUGAGCCAUGUUCAAGAAAAGCCGAAAUUGUUUGCUGAAUAUUAAGUGUUUACAUUAAGUGCUUAAAGAAAGAGAAAUUGUUCAUCUACUAAAAAACUUAGUGCUCGCAAAGCAAUUGUUUUAACACGUACAGAGUGAUUUAUAUUUUUUGUUAUUUAUAUACAGCAUUUUACCCAAAUGAAAAAGACUUGUAAAUGAAAUAGUUAAAAGAAAUAGUUAAUAUUAAUGUAGUAAUAAAAAGCAAACAUUAUUAAAAAGUAGUGCAUAUAUAUGGUUAUAUUUACUUGCAAAAAUGCAGAUUGGAACAAAGUGUAAAAAAUAAAUAAAUUACAAAUAAAUCAAUAAAACAAUAAAACAAUUCAAACUAAGUUAAGAGUUCUAAAAGUAAAAAUCAUAAAAAUAAUUGAGUUAUUAAUGCUAAAAAAUACUCCAGACUAUCUCAUGGCAAUGUUAUAAAGUACAGAAUAUAAUAUUCGUGUUGCGAAGUUUGCAAAUUAAGGCAAAUAAAGGUUGCAAUAAAUAAUUGAAUGCUAAUGUCCCUAGGACUACAACAAUUUGAAGACUUUUUUUUAAUAUCAAGUUCAUUAAAAUUAAGAUGGACACACCUUUGGCACAACAGCGAAAUCGUUUAAAAUCAGCACCCACUACAACGACAUCAUCUGCAGCGAAUGCCUCGCCACUGAGUAGUAGCAUGAGUGGAACCAGUGCAAUUUUGACAACUCAUAAUAAUAUCAGCAACAAUGCUGGACUUGUCAAUGCAAAUAGAAGUGUUGGAAGUGCUAACGUUACCAUUAUGGCAAAUUCUGGUGCGGUAAUACCUAUUAAUCCAUUAUCUCAGAUAUCAUCACAAUCUUCAUCGUUGGAACGUAUAACCACAACUUCAUCAUUAGCGAAUCUCUUAGAUGGCUUUACUUCGCGUGUAUCGGGCGAUCGUACUCAGAGCACUGCCAGUACCCCUAGUAGCAUUAGUUCUCUGGGUAACACCGCAAAUGCCUUCUACUCUUCUUUAGGAAUUGCGUUCAACUCACUGACUUCUCCUAUCUCUACGGUUGCUGCUGCUGCCCAUGCGACAACCGCUGAAGCUGCUGCUGUUGUUGUAGCUGCAGCUUCUGCACUAUCGAAUCAUCUUAGCUCACCAACAAGUGGAACACCUCCUAAUAUGGAUGGGCUGUAUGAUGAUGAAGAUUGUGAGGAGGACGACGAAGACGACGAUCGCCAUGUACCAGCUCCAACACCUAAGAAGUCAUGGUCAGAGAUUAAAUCGAUUGUUAACGAUAUGCGUAAACAGUUAAUAAAUUUAUCCAGUAUGAUGCCAUCUAAUAUACAGUUUCGUACCUUAUCUGACGGUCGGGUGCGAUGUUACUUUCUAAGUACACCACCUAAUGCCUGGGAACCAACAUUGCUCUAUGCAGACAUUAAUAUGAAUGCUGAAGAAGAAACUGUAUUUCAAAGUAAUUCACCUAUCACUGAGAUAAAUGGUAGUAUUGAUGGCGUAAUCGUAGGUAGCAAUAUUACGGCAGUUUCGGACGGGGGAUUAGUUGAUGUUGCUGAUUCCCUUGGGAGUGUAACGACUCGCUUGCCGUCACCAACUUCUUCACAAGCUUCAUCACCUAUUUUGAGUUCAUCUUUCCCCAGAAGUAAUUCAAACAAAAGACUUCAGUGGAAGAUAGUAUUACAACAGCCAAUGUCAAGUGUGGCUGCUACUGCAGCUAGUGGAGGCGUUAAUUUAUGGUCAAGAGAAUUCCAGUUGCUGCAGGAAAGAAAACGGCUCUCAACGUGGGGAAUCACUUCCUUUGAGCUACAUAAACCAAGCGGCAAAAUAGUGUUUCCCUGCUUUAGUGAUCUUUACCAAUGUCUUGAUACGGGAUAUAAUACCAGCCCGCUUUUUCCCACACAAUUGCGUACAUGUCCGCAAUGGGCAGCCUUAGACCCACAAAUCUGUCCACAAAAUUCUGAUUUAAUCGCAUACAUAAGUGGUAGCGAUAUUUGGGUGACACAUACUGUCAGUGGGCAUGAAGAGCGUUUGACAUUCGUACAUGAUGGUCGUCGUUCCAUUGCAGAUGAUCCUCUUAGCGCAGGUGUGCCAUCAUAUAUAAUGCUUGAGGAGUUCAGCCGCUUCCAAGGUUAUUGGUGGCAACCGCAGUCGAAUGAUGGUGUUUAUCGCAUUGUUUACGAGGAAGUGGAUGAAUCCGAUGUUUGUUUGUACACAUUCCCAUCAUCUCAAGCAAUGCCUGGGGAAAUAGAAGAAUACCGUUUUCCGCGUGCCGGCACAGCUAAUGCUAAGUCCAAACUUAAAUUAGUGCAAUUCGUUCUCAAUGAGUCGUUGCAAAUUAGUGACGUUUGUAUAAAGGAUUUACCGUAUUCACUCUCGGUGGUGUUUCCUUGGCUGGAGUAUAUAGUGCGUGUUGGGUGGACUCCUGAUUCUAAUUACGUUUGGAUGCAGGGCUUGAACCGUAAACAACAACGUUUGGAUUUGGUACUUAUACCGUUGGAUAAUUUUUGCGAAACGUACACCAGCUCGGCGUCGUCACCCUCAGGAUCUGCUGACCACAGCUGGAAGAGUCCAUAUUGCAGAGCCGUGUCACCUUUACAGGUUAUUUACUCCCAGACUUCGGAUACGUGGGUCAACGUGCACGAUUUACUUUAUUUUCUUGAACUAACAGAUACAACGGUGACUUUUUUGUGGGCCUCUGAGGAGACGGGAUUUAGACAUUUGUACCUGGUCACAUCUAGUCUGAAUGCUGGCCCCCUGAAUGGUUAUAAAGACUCGCAUACCAAUACGAACAAUUUCGAAAUAAAUAGUCGAACAAAUUCAACGUCUUCUACAACAUCUGCGAACAUGGAUAUUCAUACAGACUUUAUCGAUAGUGUGACGUUGCAUCCAAGAAUCAUUAAUAAGGUAGCACUUACCUCCGGCGAAUGGGAGGUUUUGCAUCGAAACAUUUGGGUGGAUAAAGCGCAACAGUUAGUGUAUUUUAUUGGAUUACGCGACACGCCACUGGAAAAACACUUGUAUGUGGUGAGUUUGCAACGGCCAGAACACAUUCGUUUGCUAACUGAACCGGGCUAUUCAUAUCAAGUGGAAUUUGAUGAGUCAUGUCAAUUGAUGUUGCAAGUAUAUUGCAACAUACAGCGUUUACCCUCCUGCAAAGUGAUGCGCGUUACACAAACUUGCCAGAAUGGUGGGGUCAAUGGCAUACAACUAUCACUGAUGGGCUAUCUGCAUGAAGGUGGCAAACCUGAAUCGCAAUUUUGUCCGCAAGUGUUCCGACCGCAAUUACCGUCCGGCGAAAUCGUAUAUGCAAUGGUAUUUAAACCUCAUAAUUUCCACCUGGGUAUUAAAUAUCCAACAGUACUUAAUGUCUACGGUGGUCCUGAGGUGCAAACUGUCAAUAAUACAUUCAAAGGUAAACACCAGUUGCGUAUGCAUAUGUUGGCGGCGCAAGGAUAUUGUGUUAUUUGCAUCGAUUCGCGUGGCUCACGACAUCGUGGUCUUAAAUUUGAAACUCACAUACGUUGCCGUAUGGGCCAAGUGGAGCUGAACGAUCAGGUGGCUGCAUUACGUAUAUUGGCAGAUCAGUUGGGCUACAUUGAUAUGAAUCGCGUAGCCAUUCACGGCUGGUCCUAUGGCGGUUAUCUAAGUUUAAUGGGUCUAGUGCAGUAUCCAGAUGUCUUUAAGGUUGCAAUUGCUGGAGCGCCAGUUACAAAUUGGGAAUAUUAUGACACCGGAUAUACGGAGCGCUAUAUGGAUUUGCCGCAGAGUAAUAAACGUGGAUAUUCAGGUGGCUCUGUGCUUAAUUACAUAGACGCUUUCCCCGAAGAAGAAAAUCGCCUUUUACUCAUACACGGCCUCAUCGAUGAGAAUGUUCACUUCUACCAUACCUCACAGCUAAUAUCGGCUUUGAAUCGAGCAAACAAGCCCUACGAUCUACAUAUAUUCCCUGAAGAGAGACAUUCAUUGCGCAAUUUAGAAUCCAAUAAAAAUUAUGAGACGAAAUUAUUGGCGUUCCUGCAAAACUUAUGAAAUUGUCAACACAAAACUACAUAGCAAUUAGCUUUGGUAAUAACGACAACGAUGACGAUAGCAAUGCUACUUAUAAUUGGGUGUUGUAAGCGAUGUCAUUGGCUCGUAGGAUACCCUGAUGUACAAUACUGAUACCAACCACAAACACCUUGUUGAAGUAUAAUCGCUCAAAAGAUAACAACAGAUAAUUAAUAGCAAAUCCUAGUGAUGCAUGAUGAAGUACUUAUGUUUGGGAACCUUUAAGUGGAUGCAGUGCUUUUUAUUUCAUCUAAAUUCUAACAAACCUUUUAGAUUUUAAAUUUUAUUUUUACUAACUUUUGUUACUACAUUACUUGAUUUGAACAACCUGCUAAUAGUAGCUUUUACAGCAUUAGAAAUACCAAACUGAAAGCAAAGCAAAUGCAUUCGCGAAGUAUAUAAUUGUAUGGUGUUUUGAGAAUCGUUAAAAGUGAAAGUCACGUAUGCAGAAAGAAAUGUUAGUAAUAAUUAAACUAAAGAACCAUGUGUAUAUACUUAAGGUAAAUUAUAAAAAAGGCAAAUAUAAGCGUUUAUCUAAAGAA